CAAGAUGACUUCAAGUGAGUUUAGAAUCGAAAGAAAUCUGGAGUUAUCGGAUGAGACUAAGGCGAUUGCUGAGAAGGAACUUAGAGAGACACCAGAGAGAGUCCGAGAAGCCUUAGAGAGACUGAAGGAAAUUCUCAAAGAAAACAAAGACUUAUACUUCGGAGACGACGAUGAAUUGCUCACAAUAUUUUUGCGGCCUUGCAAGUGGUACCCAGAAAGCGCAAUGGCUUUAAUGAGGCGCGUUGCGGAGUUCAAGCGUGAAAACGCAAGUCUUUUGGACGGAUUAUUACCAGAGCACGUGAAGGAAGCCUUCCUUGAGCAUCAAGUAGUCAAUGUCAUGAAGGGUAGAGACGACAAGGGCAGAAGAGUGCUUAUUGUCAACGUCGGAGGUUCGUGGGAUCCCAAGAAGGUUCCUGCCGACCAAUUGUUCAAACUAUUCUACUUGAUCCACGAAGCAGCUAUGCUGGAGCCAGAGUCCCAGGUUCGAGGCACUGUCGUCAUCAUGGACUUCUAUAACAUGGGCUGGAAUCAGACUAUGGGUCUAACACCGGCGUUUUCGAAGCGUCUGCUGACUUUUAUACAAGAUGCUAUGCCUCUUAGAUUAAAAGAAGUGCAUUUUGUGAAGGAACCCAUGAUCUUCAACGUCGUUUGGAAGAUGUUCAAACCUUUCAUCAGAGAGAAACUAAAAAACAGGAUCUACUUCCAUGGCUCGAAAAUGGCGUCUCUUCACAAGCAUAUAGCGCCAACACACUUACCUGCCGACUACGGCGGCGAACUGGGAGCCAUCGAUUACUCCGGCGCUGACUGGUAUCCCGUCAUCAACGACGUCCUUCCACACAUUAACAACUGGAAUUCAUACGGUUUCGUUAAGAACACGUAAUUUUAGUUAAACAAAAUCAUUCUUGGAUUACUAAUCGUAUCGUUUGGUUUUUAGUUUAAGCUAGGAAUUUGCCAUAAUUAGAGGAUUUGUAGACAAUUGAGGUAUUGUAGUUUUUCAUGUUCAGUUACAUAAAUCAUGACACAUUUUAUAGAUUAUGACGAGAUGUUUUUUAUUUUUUUCUACGCAAUAUAUGAUAUAUUUUUUAUUUAUAACAGUAAUCAUUCAUAGAUGACGUGCCUUAUUGUUAAACGAAGACGUUUCAAUGCGAAUUUUGCGUAUAUUGUUAAGUAGAUGUUUUUAAUAUAAAUUAGUUUAAAAUUAGAACGAUUAAGAAAUGAUUUGAAUAAAUAUAAAUAGUAUAUACUUUAAAAUAAACAUUCGUGUACAAAUUAUUAUCAUUUAAAUUUUAUUUAUACAAUUUUAUAGAUGUUUAAUGAUUAAUGAAUUAUGCGAUUACAACGUGGUAAUAAAAUGAUGCUGUCGCAUUAUAUGUAUUCUUAUCAUAAACAAAGGUCUAUCGUGUGAAUGCUUAUAUAAACAAUGUCAUAUAAGCUGAUAGUUUAAUAAUACACCGUUGUUAUUUAAACUUUGCUGAAUUAAAUAUGAAAAAUUUUGCUCAAAUUGUUUUUAGAAAGUCAUUUGAUUUCUAAGAUAUUCCUAUGAUAAUAAAAUGUGUGCCUUAAACGUAAAUAUUGGCUUAUAGUAGUUGAUUAUUUUAGCGAUUAAUAAUAAGUGUUCGUAUGCUGUUUGAUUGUUUAUAAAUUUAUAUUUGAGCGGAUUUCAUGACAUUUUUGUACUAAACGAUGAUUUUUUGUACUUUAAGAAUGUUACGGUUUUAUAAUAAAAUGGCUGUGAAUGUAAAACGUUACUGUUUAAGAUGUUUUUCAUAAUAUUUCUAUAAGCCAUAUUUUUAUGUAAAUAAUGGUAAAAAUGCACGACAAAAGUCCAUUAAAAAUUGUUUAAUCUUCUCUUUCGAAAUGUAAAAUAAAAGUAGCAUUCUUUAAUGUUGUUAUAAAUUCUUAAAUUAAAAUAUUGUAUGUUUUGAAUGUUAUUUGAAAUAUAUAACUGCUAUAUGACUGCAUUAAUAUAUAUUUUAUUUGACCCAUACAUAAUGAUCUUUGUUACAAGUA